AUCCAACAUCACAUCACCACAAAAUGUCGUUCCUCGGCGGCCUCUUCGGCAUCUCCUCCCCCCAGCCAGAGAAGGAGGUCUCGGCGUCCUCGGAACUCUUUGGCUCGGUCCCCAUCCGCAGCAAUGUCCAGGACUCGGCUCCUGCUGCUGCUGACGGCGCUCUCCCGCAGGUCGCCGCGCCAGCGCCGCCCGCAGCACCGGCGCCGUCGUCGCUCGACAUGCUCUCGGGCGCCUUUGACGCCACCAAGCUCCACCCCAUGGCCGACCUGGGCGACAAGCUCGACUUUUUGGCCCUCGACGAGGACAAGCUCACCGAGGUGCAGGGCGCCGCGUCAGUGCUCCCCUCGCGUGGAUGGACCGACGACCUCUGUGUCGGCACCGGCACGACGUAUCUUUCUGGCCUUGGCAUUGGUGGCCUCUGGGGAAUGAAGGAGGGCCUCUCGCGGCCACUGGGACCCAACGCUUCGAUGCGUCUGAGGCUAAACAGCGUCCUCAACUCGUGCACCCGGAGAGGAAGCUUCACGGGUAACUCGUUGGGUGUUCUGGCCAUCUACUACAACCUCUCCAACUCGGCGCUCGACGCCGUCCGCAACAAGCACGACGCGCUCAACAGCAUGGCCGCGGGUGCUCUUAGCGGUGGUAUCUACAAGUGCACUGCCGGCGUCCGCCCCGCUCUUGUCGGCGCGGCUCUCGGCACGGCCGCGAUGGGCACCUGGUCGUUUGUCAAGACUCUUGUGUAGACUGUCUACUGUCUGUAUUCUAGCAUGCAUGCCCCCACUCUCAUUCGCACUACAAGGCGCCGUCGCGAGCGUAGCGAGCCGCGGCGGUGGUGGUGGUGGAGGACCGCCUGGGAUGGGCACCGGCGCUGGUGCUGGUGAUGCUCAUGCUGCCGGGUCAUAGCCGCGAUGCCCGGCGUCGCGAGGUACGUCGUCAGGCCGUCGUGUACGCCGUCGGGCAAGCACAGCGGUGCGCAGAACCGCAACAUCGGACCCACCGCGCCGACGUUGGAGGCAGCCGAAGUGCGCCUUCCAAGUCGUCCGUCCAAGCCGGCCGCGCGGCUCGCAGCUAGUUAUGCCUCCUUGCCGAACUGCUUCAUCUUGCGCGCGACCACCGAAGGGAUGGGACAGCUCUCGCUCUUCGCGCCCUCUUUGAUCUCUCCAGCUGCCUCAGCCCGCGCAUACAUGGCCGCGCAGCACGCGUACAGGUCCUUCACGGCGGCCGCGCAGCGCGACUCGUUGUAGUUGUUUUUCGAGAGGCAAGAUUGGAUUGCGCAGGCUGCGAGCCUGGCAUUCUUGUGCCAUUGUGACCUUGCUCUUGCUCUUGC